AUGAAAUCUUACGCCUAUCUCUCUCAUCCAUAUCUAUCUAUCUAUCUUUUCUCUCUUUUAAUUUAUAUUCAUUUUUAUAAAUUAUCUAUCUAUCUAUCUAUCUAUUUUUUUUUUACCUCUAUCGCGAUCUCCAUCUAUCUAUCUAUUAUCUAUCUAUAUAUAUCGAAUUCCGACUUUCAAUCUAUCUAUCUAUAUAUUCUCUUUAGUAUCUAUCUAUCUAAAGCUAUUUAUCUAUCUAUUCAUUUGUCUCUCUCGUUUUCUAUCUAUCUAUCUCUUUUCUAUCUAUCUAUCUAUUUAUUAUUAUCUAUCUAUCUAUUCCGUUAUAUAUCUAUCUAUCAUCUAUCUAUCAAACUCUAUCUAUCCUUUUCUUCUAUUUAUGUUUCUAUCUAUUUCUAUAUAUAUUUAUCUAUCUAUCUAUCUAUCUAUCUAUUAUCUAUCUUUCAUCUAUCAUCUAUCUGUUUCUAUCUAUCUAAUUAUCUUUUUCUAUCUAUCUCAUUUAUCUCUAUAUCUAUCUAUCUAUCUAUCUAUCAGUCUGUCUAUAUUUCUCUAUUUAUCUAUCUAUCUAUAUCUAUCUAUCAAUCAUUAAUCUAUCUAUCUAUCUAUCUCAUAUCUAUCUAUAUCUAUCUAUCUAUAUUUAUCUAUAUCUAUCUAUCUAUCUAUAUAUCUAUUCUAUUCAUAUAUCUAUGUAUCUAUCUAUCUAUCUAUCUAUCUAUUUACUAUCUAUCUUUAUCUAUCUAUCUAUCUAUCUAUCCCAAUCUUUACUAUCUAUGUAUCUUUAUAUCUAUUCUAUCUUUCUAUCUAUCUAUCUAUCUAUCUAUUGUUCUAUAUAUAUUAUCUAUCAUCUAUCUAUCUAUCUAUCUAUCUAUCUUUCUGGUGUCUAUCUAUUUCUAUCUAUCUUUCUAUCAUCCUCUCAGUCUAUCUAUCUAUCUAUCUAUCUAUAUAUCUAUCUUUUCUAUCUAUCUAUCUAUCUAUCUAUCUAUCUAUCUUUCUAUCUAUCUAUCUAUCUAUCUAUAUCUCUCUAUCUAUCAUUCUAUCUAUCUAUCUAUUUCAUAUAUAUCUCUAAACUAUCUAUCUAUCUAUCUAUCUAUCUAUCUAUCUAUCUAUCUAUCUAUCUAUCUAUCUAUCUAUCUUUCUAUCUCAUAUUUGGUCUAUCUAUCUAUCUAUCUAUAUAUUCUAUCUAUCUAUCUAUCUAUCUAUCUAUAUCUAUUUUUUUUCAUAUCUAUCUAUAUAUCUAUCCAUUUUUUUUCUCUAUCUAUCUAUCUAUCUAUCUUUCUAUCUAUCUAUCUAUCUGUCUAUCUAUCUAUCUAUCUCUCCUGUUUAUAUCAUCUAUCUAUCUAUAUAUCUAUCUAUCUCCUGUUUACGGCUAUCUAUCUAUCUAUAUAUAUAUCUAUCUAUCUAUCCCUAUCUAUCUAUCUAUCUAUCUAUCUAUCUAUCUUUACUAUCUAUCUAUCUAUCUAUCUAUCUCCCUUACAUACAGUAUCUUUUCUCAUCUAUCUAUCUAUCUAUCUAUCUAUCUAUCUAUAUAUAUAUCUCUCCUCUUUUUAUCUAUCUAUCUAUCUAUCUAUCUAUCUAUCUAUCUAUCUAUCUAUCUAUCUCUGGACAUCUAUCUAUCUAUCCAUCUCAUAUCUAUCUAUCUAUCUAUCUAUAUAUCCAUCCAUCCAUCUCACAUAUCUAUAUAUCUCUAUAUAUAUAUUAUAUCUAUCUAUCUAUCUAUCUCUCUAUAAAUCUAUCUAUCUAUCUAUCCAUCUAUCUAUCUAUCUAUUUCUGUUUACUAUCUAUCUAUCUAUCUAUCUAUCUAUCUAUCUCUCCAAUAUCAUCUAUCCAUCUAAAACAUCUCCAUCUUUCUCUUCCCUCAUCUCUUAUCCUAUCUAUCUAUCUAUCUAUCUAUCCAUAUCUAUCUCUCUAUGUCUAUCUUUCUAUCUAUCUAUCUAUCUAUCUAUCUAUCUAUCUAUCUAUCUAUCUACCCUGUACAUUAUAUAUCUAUCUAUAUAUAUAUCUAUCUUUAUAUCUAUUAUCUAUCUUAUUCCCUAUCUAUCUAUCUAUCUAUCUAUCUAUCUAUCUAUCUAUCUAUCCAUCUAUCUAUCUAUCUAUCUAUUAUCUAUCUAUCUUUUCUAUCCUAUCUAUCUAUUUAUCUAUCUAUCUAUCUAUAAAAUCCCUGAAUGUCAUUUUUUAUCUAUCUAUCUAUCUAUCUAUCUAUCUAUCUAUCUCUUUUUUCCCAUCGAAAUAUCUAUCUAUCUAUCUAUCCAUCUAUUUAUCUUUCGUAUCUAUUUAUCUGCUAUCUAUCUAUCUAUCUGUCUAAAAAUAUUAUCUAUCUAUCUAUCUAUCUAUCUAUAUCUCCCAUCUAUUUAUCUCUCCCUUUUACCAUCUAUCUAUCUAUCUAUCUAUCUAUCUAUCUAUCUAUCUAUAUCUAUCUAUCUCCCUGAACAAAUAUCUAUUUACUAA